AUGAAGGCUCUCUCCAGCCUCACCUCCCUCAUGAAGUCUCUCUUCCCCCUCACCUCCCUCAUGAAGUCUGUCUCCCGCCUCACCUCCCUCAUGAAGUCUCUCUCCAGCCUCACCUCCCUCAUGAAGUCUCUCUCCCCCCUCACCUCCCUCAUGAAGUCUCUCUCCCGCCUCACCUCCCUCAUGAAGUCUCCCUCCCGCCUCACCUCCCUCAUGAACCUCACCUCCCUCAUGAAGUCUCUCUCCAGCCUCACCUCCCUCAUGAAUUCCCCCCUCAUCUCCCUCAUCAGGUAUCUCUCCCGCCUCACCUCCCUCAUGAAGUCUCUCCCCCCUCACCUCACUCAUGAAGUCCCCCCCUCACCUCCCUCAUGA